UGUCUUUGUCUUCUCUCUCUCUCUCUCUCUCUCUCUCUCUCUCUCUCUCAAACCCUCGUUCUCUCCGUCUAGAGUUUGGGGAUCUGAUGGGACGGCGGCGGGGUGCUAGGGAUCCGGUGAACAUCCUCUUCGGGUGGGUCCGGCGGCAAUCGGUGAGGGUGCAGGUGUUCCUCGGCGCAGUGGCGGCGCUUGUCGCCCUCGUUGGUCUGAAGAUCUUCGUCCGUGAUUAUGAACACUUCUACAUCGCAUCUGAGGCCGUCCAUGCCGCCGGCAUCCUCCUCCUCAUCUAUAAGCUCACCCGCCACAAGACUUGUUCCGGUCUUUCCUUGAAGUCUCAAGAGCUAACUGCCAUAUUUCUAGCUGUAAGACUAUAUUGCAGUUUUAUUUUCGAAAAGGAUAUCCAUACUAUCCUUGAUUUUGCAACUCUAGCUCCGACUCUAUGGGUCAUUUACAUGAUUCGGUACAAAUUAAACUCCAGUUAUGACAAGGAACUAGACAACAUGCCGAGAUACUAUCUGGUGCUUUCUUCAGUUGUCAUAGCAGUAUUCGUCCAUCCUAUUUCUAGCAGGCUUGGCUUCAAUUCAAUUUUAUGGGCAUUUUGCAUGUACCUCGAGUCUAUCUCAGUUCUUCCUCAACUUAGAGUGAUGCAAAAUGCAAAGAUGGUUGAACCAUUUACAGCUCACUAUGUAUUUGCCCUGGGUGUUGCAAGAUUCUUGGGUUGUGCACACUGGAUAUUACGGUUGAUUGAAAGCCGUGGAGCAUUUCUUUAUCAUGUCGGAACGGGCUUCUAUUGGACAAUUGCAAACCUUACUGCUGAAGGUGUUCAAACUUUUAUCUUGGCUGAUUUUUGCUACUAUUACAUUAAAAGCGCAAUGUAUGAUCAACUCUUGAGAAGCCUGUCUUCACCAGUAUAAAGAGUGAAUGGAUGUCAACCAGAUCUCAUGAUUACUAAAAAUUACUCUUUCUAAGACAGUUACAAUGUCAAUGCAAAUGAAGUUUGUAUUUGAACUCUUUUCUUUUCUAUAAUGCAACAUAUUAAGUUUAUAAUA